CCCACAGUGAGCGAGCUGCACUGACGUCCUUAGUGAAAACAAAGGUUGCUCCACCACUUGACGGGGAUGAGAUGCUGUAGCUCAGCAUUGUUUGGAGGUAGUUGUCAAUAAUAUCUGGAGGAUGGACUGUCGGAGACUUCUGCCUGCGAUAGCCGCCGCUUGCUUCUUAGGCAUGGUGGUGAGCCAGACGACACUUACGCCUGCUAUAGUGGACACCACUCUCAUGGAGAAUGUGACUGAGCUGACUGUAACUCCCGUGAUUCUCAGCAGCACAACCCCGGGCUGCUUUGCAUUCAACACUUCUACAUGUGAGCCCUGCGCACCAGGAUCCCAGUGGGACAACAACACCCUGCUGUGUACGUGCUGCUCCGACCCCGGGCUGUGCCUAUUUCCCGGAGCCUGCCUGCCGUGCAACAGAGGCUUUUAUCAGUCGAUGGCUGGACAGCAGCAAUGUCUGCCGUGUGACCGUGGCUUCUACACAAAUUUCACUGGAAGUCCAUUAUGUCACCCCUGCCCUCCUGGAUCCUCCAACAAUAACACUGGUAGAGACAGUUGCACGAGUUGUUCCCCAGGUUCCUUUUCAUCACAGCAGAGUUCUACUACAUGUGCACCAUGUGCACUCGGGAGCUUUUGCAACUCUUCUGGUUGUACCCAGUGCCAGAUGUGUCCUGGAGGAUCAGAAGCUCUAAAGUCUGCUGCUAAAUCCUGCACACCAUGUCGGCCAGGCAUGCACAAGGCUCCCCAUCAGACUUUGUGUCAGAUCUGCGGCAGUGGCUCCUACCAGAUCCACUGGGGCCAGGAAAGCUGUGACAUCUGCCCAGAGAAUCACUACUGUCCUAGUCCAGAUGUGAACCCCAUUCAGUGUCCCAGUGAUGCUUUCUGUCCAGAGGGCAGCUUGGCUCCAAGCUACUGCAUGGAGACUUUCUUCCGCAAAUCAGGAGACACUUGUGAACUGGCUCCUGUCACUAUUGCUCUGUUAGUCAUUGGAGGAGGGGUGGCUUUACUCUUCAUCAUCUUAAUGGUACUACGUCAACGGAAGGACGCUGAUGGAGAGCUGACUGUCGCCCGAGCACCAUUAUUACGCAAAGAACGACCUCAAGGUCGAUACUACGGGAUUCCCUGUGAUGCAGAACCUGUAUAUGCUGGCUGGUGAACAAAAGGACGUCUGCCAAGCUUUCCUAAGUGCUCAGAAGGACAAAACCUACUCAAGUCUUUUUUUCCCACAUGCCUCUCAACUGAAGACAAAAUAACUGAUAGAGGAAGACUGAUGGUAAAAUCAUGGACUGCCAUUUUGGUAAAUGGUGCCUUGAGAGUACUUUGGCAAUCAACCAGCUUUUCCAAGUGACACAUUUGAAUAUAUUAUUGAGAGACAAAGGUUGGCUCUUUUGUGAAUUCUUGUAAUGACACUUUUACAGUUCUACUCAGAGCUACACACUUUCCUCUUCUAAACUAGGUUACUGGAUUAUGAGAGGUAUGCUGGAGCGGUGAAAACGAGAUGCGUGCUUCAGCUCGGUGGGAAACUAUCUCCCUUAUGAAAAGCACUUUUUUUUACUGAGGUAAUUGAUUUACUUUGCACUUAUGCGUUGCUAGACUUGUGGGUGCCUUCAUUUACUUGUGUAGUUCCUCAGUUACAGAGAAGCGUGAACUGUGGCUUGUUCCUGGUGUUUUUUUAAUGCAUUUAAAUACAAUACAAUGUGUUGUCUGUAGUUUCAUUGAUACGUUGGCUUAAUGUUUUUCACCUGCUUUUUUAAGGUCAUAUUUGUAUGUUUAAAGGAAAAUAAAUGAUAUUGAUUAA